CCGAGUUGCGUGGGGAUGGGUUUGUCGCUGCACCAGGUAGUGACGCAACCGGUGCGUUCGUGUACAAGUGGAAACAUGGCUGCUGACAUCACACUGUUAUUCAGAGCCAGCGUUAAGACAGUAAAGACACGGAAUAAAGCGUUGGGGGUGUCUCUGCCCGAGAGCGAUGUGCUGAGGAGGAGCCGGCCGAGGGGGGAAUUCAGCGGGAAGGCGCGGGAGGUGAUCACUAACAUUGGCAAGCUGAAGGAUUUCCUCCUCGAGCACAGGAAAGAUUACAUCAACGCUUGCAGCUAUGUAGCCUCGGAGUAUUCCUGUAUGACUGACACAGAGAGAGAUCAAAUUGACCAAGACGCACAGAUAUUCAUGAGAACCUGCUCCGAUGCAAUUCACCUACUCAGAACAGAAGCAGGCAAAGAGAGCCAUUCUGUACAAAUAAAAGAACACAGGAAUGCCGUUCUGGAUUUCAUUGAAGACUAUUUGAAAAGAGUGUGUAAACUGUACUCCGAGCAAAGAGCCAUCAGGGUGAAGCGAACAGUAGACAAGAAGAGAUUAACCAGGUUAGAACCCGAAAAAAUCAACAAAACGAGAACUUCCCACUCAGUGGAUAGUAUUCCCUUGAAACCGUUGGAUAUAGCCGAUGACGAAAGUAUUGAUAAGACUGCGCCACAACGAAACGGCACAUCUAGUCUGUGGGAUGAUGGCCGGAGUGAAGAUGAGCUGUCGCCUGAAGAAAUCCAAAUGUUCGAACAGGAAAACCAGAGGCUUGUCAGCGAAAUGAACAGUCUGUUCGAUGAAGUAAGGCAAAUAGAAGGGAAAGUGGUUGAGAUAUCAAGACUUCAAGAGAUUUUCACAGAGAAGGUGCUGCAGCAGGAAACUGAAAUUGACAACAUUCACGAACUCGUGGUGGGAGCAACGGAGAAUAUCAAAGAAGGGAAUGAAGAUAUACGAGAGGCAAUCAAAAAUAACGCCGGCUUUCGUGUUUGGAUCCUUUUCUUCCUAGUCAUGUGCUCGUUUUCACUGCUGUUCCUGGACUGGUAUGAUAGCUAAUUAGUUCCUAAUGAAUUUUAUCCAGCUAAUAAUAACCCUGCUUCAAUAUCAGGCAUCAGAUGAAUGUGUCACAUUCCCUGUUUUUCAGUUGUAUAUAUGAAUAAGGAUCUGAUGUACAUUAAUAAAUACCUGCUCUAAAGAUCA